AUGUUCUCCAAGAUUGCUCUCUUCACUGUUGCCGCUAUGGCUGCCUUCGUUGCUGCUUCCCCUGCUCCUGGGGGUUCGGAGGGCGGUAUCCACAACUCCUGCAACACUGGCCCCGUUCAAUGCUGCAACUCACUCCACAAGAAGGAGUCGAAGGAUGCUAAUAUUCUCGCCGCCCUCGUUGGUGUAGCUGUUGACUCAGUCGGAGCGUACGUCGGUGCGCAAUGUAGCCCUAUCACCGCCAUUGGACUCGGUAGCGGCGCUUCAUGCGGAAGCCAACCUGUGUGCUGCAGUAACAACAGCUUCAACGGUGUCGUCGCCAUUGGCUGCUCGCCCAUCAACGUCAACGUCUAA